AUGAAUGGAUCCUUUUUCAACCAGACUCUCCUAGAGCAGGGAGCUUACCCCAACAGGACCCAGGGUUUGGGGAUGCUCAUGGCCUGCUGCAAUGGGACUGGCUCAGUGCUGGCGACUGACGGUGGCUCCUCGGUCCUGGCGCCUGAUGAGAGGAGUCUUUACAUCACACGGGUGGUGCAGAUCGCUGUCCUCUGUGUCCUCUCCUUGACUGUGAUGUUUGGCAUCUUCUUUUUGGGCUGCAACUUGCUCAUCAAGUCAGAGAGCAUGAUUAACUUUCUGGUGAAGGACCGAAGACCUUCCAAGGAUGUGGGAGCUGCAAUCAUGGGACUUUACUGAAGCCACCGGGCUUUUGUAGGCAAGUGAACUGUCUGGACCUGGUGCUGAGAUGUGCAUUCCCAUGUGUUUGGGGCAGCUGGGGGGAGUGGAAAGCGGGGAGAGGGGUCUUUCAAUAUGUCUGUGUCCAUGGGAAAGCAAACCUGCACUUCCCAGUCAACAAACUCUGUCGUGGUGAACGGGGAAAUCUCCCCAGAGUUGUAUGAAGCACAAUAAAUGACCAGCAUCGUGUUGCAUGCAGAAAUGGCUCAAGUUUUGCAUGAAACUUGCAGAAACAGUGAUAAUGUGCAGAUCUGGACUCUUUUCUGCUGUUACCUUGGAUACCGCUACCUGGUAUUUAGGGCUAAAAAAAAAAAA